GAGCGACUCAAGUCAAUCAAGUACAGUUCCACCAUUAGGGUUUUCGCAAAGUCUCAACAUUUUCAAUUACAAAUUCAUUCCAGGGCCUUCCCUAUGGAAGUUAUCCAAACUCGGAGAGACGAGCAAAGGUUAGCCGAGGUGAUCUCCCUCGAAGUAACGUCGAAAACAAGAUACUACUCAACACGAGCGUCGUCAGCGUCGUUGUUGUUGCCGUCGUAAAUGAUCGGUGUGACCAUCCGAGUCCGCAAUCUCACCAGUGGGUCAAGUGUACAGUACUGACAGUGAUUAUGGAAGUGACCGACUCCCAAGAGAACUUGGGCUAUUCCGUGAGUCGGUGAACUACAUUUUCGCUUACUACUUACAAUUUACUGUUCAACCUGCAGACCGAGCGUCAAUUCAUUUCCCGCUCAUCGUUCUCGCAGUAGUAAUUAAGAACACGAUUUAAUAUGGCUUGCAUCAGCGAGCUAUCACAAUCCCAAGAAUAUCUGAGCUUCCGCAGUUCGAUACCGCUACGGAAAAUUGUUGUCGACUCGGACGGCACGAAGGGAUGGAAGGUCUACGAUUCAGGGCCGAAAACUGUGAGAUGUCCAUUAAUCUGCCUUCCCCCGGUCAGCGGGACUGCGGACAUUUUUUUCAAGCAAAUUAUGGGACUGGCCGCGAAAGGAUAUCGCGUUAUCGCUGCGGAACCACCGGUAUAUUGGAACGUGAAGGAAUGGUGCGAAGGAUUCAAAAAACUCCUCGAUUAUAUGGAACUCGACAGAGUACAUUUGUUCGGAGCGUCCCUCGGUGGUUUCCUCGCGCAAAAAUUUGCAGAAGUUAAUUCUCAUUGCCCACGAGUCCAAUCCAUGGUCCUGUGUAACACCUUUACAGACACAUCUGUAUUCAGCUACAAUGAUUCUGCAGCCGUAUUUUGGAUCCUACCGUCUUUAGUACUGAAGAAAAUGGUGAUGGGAAAUUUUGCUGCUCAAAAGGCCGACCCAGAGAUCGUUGACGCCAUUGAUUUCAUGGUGGAGCGGUUGGAAAGUUUGACCCAGCCGGAGUUGGCCUCUCGCCUAACAAUGAACUGCGUCAGCUGUUAUGUCCAGCCACAAAAAAUAUCACAUCUCCCGAUAACAAUAAUUGACGUAUUCGACGAGUACGCUUUGUCGAACGUAGUCAGGGAAGAGACUUACAAAUGUUAUCCAAACGCUAAACUCGCCCACCUUAAGAGUGGUGGGAACUUUCCAUACCUUAGCCGAUCGCCAGAAGUUAAUCUACACUUGCAGAUCCAUUUGAGGCAGUUCAACGAUACCGAGUACGAUGCUGCGGAGAAAUACGGCAAGGUCUAGAUUAAUCGAAAAUUGGCAAAAUGAU